AUGGACGCUGAACCUCUCUCUCCCGCUGCCCUAAGGAUUCCUACGAUCCAAAUAUCAGAAUCACCAGGUCCCAAUAAUAGUUCUGUAGAGAAUAGGAAGGGACGAAAAAGUCUAAGUAAAAGCAUACCAAAUCUUCAUGGUGAAGAAUCUAGUGAAGGAGGCUCCACAGACGACGGACUUAUGUCUCCAAAAGUGAUAAGAAAAACUAAUGUAUUAAAGGAAAGCUUUGAUGAUUUCAUAAAGAGGCGCCGUAAUGCUCUAGAAAAGCAGCGAUCUACAAUUUCAUUAUAUACAUCACCUGUUCUUGUUAUGACAUACUUCCUGUCAUAUGUCAUCCACCAGGCCAAAAAUGCAGUGGAAUAUGCGAGAUCGAGAAAAUGGGUUUUGACAGCAGUACCGGUGCUGGGAGUGUUAAUUCAAUUUACAUUAUUGGUCGAAGGAGCCCAUAAAGAGAUUAUAUAUCGAGUUCAAACUUUAGUGUUUUGGUAUUGUUAUUGGAUUUGUUUGGGAAUCGCAUCUUCGAUAGGCCUUGGUACCGGAUUACAUACCUUUGUGUUAUUUCUCGGACCUUUUAUUGCGGAAGUAACAUGGGCGGCAAACAAGUGCGGAAAUCUUGACUUUGAGAUUUUUGGACCUAAUAGAUUUCGAUGUCAGCCUAUGGUAACAACAACGCCAAUUUCUAUUUCGGUUUGGAGUGUUGUCAGUAAAGUCCAAUGGGAGUCUUUCUUCUGGGGACUUGGCACUGCAUUGGGCGAACUGCCACCGUACUUUGUUGCGAGAGCUGGUAAUGCGGCUGCUUUAUCUGGAAGUCGAAGCGAAGAGUUGGCGCAACUCAAUGCUUUGCUGGAACAAUCGCCUGAAAGAAUGACAAUGAAAGAAAAAUUACUUAUGACAACCCAUAGACUGUUACGUAGAUUGGGGUUUUUCGGAAUAUUUUUGUUUGCAUCGAUCCCCAAUCCAUUAUUCGAUUUGGCAGGAAUUAUUUGUGGGCAAUUUUUAGUUCCUUUUUCAACAUUCUUUGGAGCGACAUUUCUUGGUAAAGCGGUAGUGAAAUCUUCAAUACAGUCAAUUAUUGUGAUAUUAUUGUUCUCUCGAGAUACUAUUGAAACAAUUUUGAAAUUUACACAAAAAUAUAUUCCUUACAUACACGAUAAGUUGGAAAACAUGAUUCAGCGACAAACUAGAAUGUUAAGACGUGAAAAAGGAGAAGAUGCAUAUGAUAUUGGACCGGGUAACCCGAGUUACAUAUCACUCGCAUGGAAUACACUUUUUAAUCUAAUGUUAGCUUACUUUGCACUAUCUAUAAUUGAAACAUUGGCUAUAUCACACCUUAAACGAGUACAUGACCAAGAGAUAGAAAAUUUGGAGAGAAAAGCGAAUGCAAAUGCAAUUAGAAAUGGUGAUGGCACGGAUGACGAUUCAACUAAUUCACCUAAGAGAAGAGGUACAAUUGGAGGGAAUUACAAACGUGAGCGUAGUUUGAAAAGAGGAUAUGAAAGUAGUUAG